AUGAGGCCUUACUUUAAACAGGAUUAGUGAAGAGACUAAACAAAUCUAGCAGACCGAUCUAAAGCUUGAGAUUUCCACUUUUUUAGAUAUUCCAAUUUCUCUGCUCGUAUUCUGCAUUUCUUUCUGUCCUAAACAUUCUGAUCAGAAUAUCGAUGCAAACCAUGAAAACCAUUUUUCUGUGCUUGUUCUUAUUUUCCUUCCUAAGAACCUCAAAUACACUAGACUCUAUCACUCCAACUCAAUUUAUUAAAGAUGGUCAAACUCUGGUUUCAGCAGGUGGAAGCUAUGUACUGGGAUUCUUUAGUCCCGGUGAAGUGAAGGGCAGAUACUUGGGAAUAUGGUACACCUUUUCUACUGAGACAGUGGUAUGGGUAGCCAACAGAGAAGUACCACUUGAUGAUUCUUCAGGAGUUUUAAAGGUCACUGAUCAGGGAGUUUUAGUCCUUCUCAAUAGCUCAAAUGGCACUGUAUGGUCCUCCAACUUAUCAAGAACUGCAGGGAAUCCAGUCUCGCAACUCUUGGAUUCGGGAAAUCUUGUUGUGAAAGAUGGAAAAGAAACUAAUCCUGACAACUUCUUGUGGCAGAGUUUUGAUUAUCCUUGUGAUACACACCUGCCAGAAAUGAAGCUUGGUUGGAAUUUAGUUACUGGUUUAGAUAGGUAUGUCUCGUCUUGGAGGAGCACAGAAGAUCCUGCUCAAGGAGACUGUUCACUACGGAUGGAUACUCAUGGUUUCCCACAGAUUUUUAUUAUGAAGGGAGCUAAGAUACAGACUAGAGCAGGGACAUGGAACGGCGCUGGAUUAACUGGAUAUCAAGGAAAGCCAAAUCCAGUAGCAAAUUUUGAAUUUGUGUUGACUAAGAAUGAAGUCUAUUAUGAGUACACACUCAUCAACAGGUCAAUGUUUGCAAGAUUUGUGUUGAACCCGUAUGGCCUUGCACAGUGGUUUACCUGGACAGAUUACUCACAUAGUUGGGAUCCUUUCGUGUCAUCCCAAGCAGAUCAGUGUGAUAAUUAUGCCUUUUGUGGUGCUAAUGCUAGAUGUAAUGUCAGUAAUAAACCUGAAUGUGCAUGCUUGAAAGGGUUUGUACCAAAAUCUUCGAAAGAUUGGAACUCAACAAAUUGGUCUGAGGGAUGUGUUCGGAAGACUCCAUUAGCUUGCAGCUCUGCAGAUGGCUUCUCAAAGUACAGUAACUUUAAACUGCCAGACACAUCUUCUUCCUGGUAUGACAAGAGCAUGAGCCUUGAGGAAUGCCAGGGAUUAUGUUUGCGAAACUGUUCAUGUACUGCAUGUGCAAAUUUAGAUGUCAGGGAAGGUGGAAGUGGCUGCUUGCUUUGGUUUGGGAACCUCAAUGACAUUAGAGAAUUCACCUCUGAUUAUCAAGACUUCUAUAUACGGCUGGCUGCUUCAGACCUAGAUCCUAUUGUGAAAAAGAGCAAGUCCAGCAAGAAAAAGCUAGCAGGAAUUCUGAUCGGCUCAUCUGUACUUCUUGUGGGAAUUCUAGUAGUUGGGUUUGUUUUGUACAAACGGAAGAGGAAACUCAGAAAGCACGAAGCCAGAAGAAAGCUGGAUUCCAGAAAGGGGGAUUACCGUGGAGAAGGCCGGGAAGACUUGGAGUUACCACUAUUUGACUUGAUCACUAUUGCUAAUGCCACUAAUGACUUUUCAAGCAGCAACAAGCUGGGUGAAGGUGGUUUUGGACCUGUGUACAAGGGAACUUUGGUUGGAGGAGAGGAAAUUGCAGUAAAGAGGCUCUCAAAGAACUCUGGACAGGGAUUGAGAGAGUUUAAAAACGAAGUUCUACUGAUAGCCAAACUUCAGCAUAGGAAUCUUGUAAAGCUUCUUGGUUGUUGCAUUCAAGAAGAUGAAGAAAUUUUAGUAUAUGAAUUCAUGCCUAACAGAAGCUUGGACUUCUUUAUCUUUGAUCAAGAAAAACAGAAGUUUCUCUACUGGCCCACGUGCUUCCACAUUAUUGACGGAAUUGCUCGAGGGCUUCUUUAUCUCCAUCAAGACUCUAGAUUAAGAAUUAUCCAUAGGGAUAUGAAGGCUAGCAAUAUCUUGCUAGACAAUGAUAUGAACCCAAAGAUUUCGGACUUCGGCCUGGCUAAAACAUUUGGGGGUGAUCAAAGUGAAGACAGUACAAAUAGAGUAGUUGGAACACAUGGUUAUAUGGCUCCUGAAUAUGCAGUAGAUGGGACUUUCUCAAUGAAAUCUGAUGUAUUUAGCUUUGGAGUUAUUAUACUAGAGAUAUUGAGCAGGAAGAAGAACAGGGGAUUUUGUCAUCCAGAUCACCAUCUUAACCUUCUUGGACAUGCAUGGACACUAUGGAAUCAAAAUAAUCCUCUGGAAAUGGUUGAUGUGACGUUAUGUGAUUCUUGCAACAUAACCGAAGUGUUAAGGUGUCUUCAUGUGGGCCUGUUAUGUGUGCAAGAAGUACCUGAAGAUAGACCAAGCAUGUCAUCUGUGGUUCUAAUGUUGGGCAGUGGAGUUAAGUUGCCUUCACCAAAGCAGCCUGGUUUUUACACUGGACGGACUGUGACAGUCCCCGAAUCAACAUCAACAACGACCGACUUGUUUUCAACAAAUAUUUGCAGCACAAUGUUUCUAGAGGCUCCUCCGGAGGAGGUGGGGUCUUUCUAUAAUCAGCUGCCUUCUAGUUUCAUUGGGCGUGUACAGCAUAUAUUCCAAUUUCUCUGCUUGUAUUCUGCAUUUCUUUCUGUCCUAAGCAUUCUGAUCAGAACAUCGAUGCAAACCAUGAAAACCCUUUUUGUGUGCUUGUUCUUAUUUUCCUUCCUAAGAACCUCAAAUACACUAGACUCUAUCACUCCAACUCAAUUUAUUAAAGAUGGUCAAACUCUGGUUUCAGCAGGUGGAAGCUAUGAACUGGGAUUCUUUAGUCCCGGUAAAGUGAAAGGCAGAUACUUGGGAAUAUGGUACACCUUUUCUACUGAGACAGUUGUAUGGGUAGCGAACAGAGAAAUACCACUUAAUGAUUCUUUAGGAGUUUUAAAGGUCACUGAUCAGGGAGUUUUAGUCCUUCUCAAUAGCUCAAAUGGCACUGUAUGGUCAUCCAAUUCAUCAAGAACCGCAGGGAAUCCAGUCUCACAACUCUUGGAUUCGGGAAAUCUUGUUGUGAAAGAUGGAAAUGAAACUAAUCCUGAUAACUUCUUGUGGCAGAGUUUUGAUUAUCCUUGUGAUACACGCCUGCCAGAAAUGAAGCUUGGUUGGAAUUUAGUUACUGGUUUAGAUAGGUAUGUCUCGUCUUGGAGGAGCACAGAAGAUCCUGCUCAAGGAGAGUUUUCGCUACGGAUGGAUACUCAUGGUUUCCCACAGAUUUUUAUUAUGAAGGGAGCUAAGAUACUGACUAGAGCAGGGACAUGGAACGGCGUUGAAUUAACUGGAUAUCAAGGAAAGCCAAAUCCAGUAGCGGUUUUUGAGUUUGUGUUGACUAAGGAUGAAGUCUAUUAUGAGUACACACUUCUCAACCGGUCAAUGUUUGCAAGAUAUGUAUUAAACCCAUAUGGCAUUGCACAGUGGCUUACUUGGACAGACCACUCACGUAGUUGGGAACCUUUCAUCUCAACUCAGGCAGAUCAGUGUGAAAACUAUGCCUAUUGUGGUGCUAAUGCUAGAUGUAAUGUCAGUAAUAAACCUGAAUGUACAUGCUUGAAAGGGUUUGUACCAAAAUCUCCGAAAGAUUGGAACUCGACAAAUUGGUCUGGGGGAUGUGUUCGGGAGACUCCAUUAGCUUGCAGCUCUACAGAUGGCUUCUCAAAGUACAGUAACUUUAAAUUGCCAGACACAUCUUCUUCCUGGUAUGACAAGAGCAUGACCCUCAAGGAGUGCCAGGGAUUAUGUUUGGGAAACUGUUCAUGUUCUGCAUAUGCAAAUUUAGAUGUCAGGGAAGGUGGAAGUGGCUGCUUGCUUUGGUUUGGGAACCUCAAUGACAUUAGAGAAUUCACCUCUGAUUCUCAAGACCUCUUUAUACGGCUGGCUGCAUCAGACCUAGAUCCUAUUGUGAGAAAGAGCAAGUCCAGCAAGAAAAAGCUAGCAGGAAUUCUGAUCGGCUCAUCUGUAUUUCUUGUGGGAAUGCUAAUAGUUGGGUUCAUUUUGUAUAAACGGAAGAGGAAACUCAGAAAGCAAGGAGCCAGAAGAAAGCUGGAUUGCAGAAGGGAGGAUUACCGUGGAGAAGACAGGGAAGACUUGGAGUUGCCACUAUUUGACUUGACCACUAUUGCUAAUGCCACUAAUGACUUUUCAAGCAGCAACAAGCUGGGUGAAGGUGGUUUUGGACCUGUGUACAAGGGAACAUUGAUUGGAGGAGAGGAAAUUGCAGUAAAGAGGCUCUCAAAAAAUUCUGGACAGGGAUUGAGAGAGUUCAAAAACGAAGUUCUACUGAUAGCCAAACUUCAGCAUCGGAAUCUUGUAAAGCUUCUUGGUUGUUGCAUUCAAGAAGAUGAAGAAAUUCUAGUAUAUGAAUACAUGCCUAACAGAAGCUUGGACUUCUUUAUAUUUGAUCAAGAAAGACAGAAGUUGCUCGACUGGCCCACAUGCUUCCAUAUUAUUGAGGGAAUUGCUCGAGGGCUUCUUUAUCUCCAUCAAGACUCUAGAUUAAGAAUUAUCCAUAGAGAUAUGAAGGCUAGCAAUAUCUUGCUGGACAAUGAUAUGAACCCAAAGAUUUCAGACUUCGGCCUGGCUAAAACAUUUGGGGGUGAUCAAAGUGAAGACAGUACAAAUAGAGUGGUGGGAACAUAUGGUUAUAUGGCUCCUGAAUAUGCAGUAGAUGGAACUUUCUCAAUGAAAUCCGAUGUAUUUAGCUUUGGAGUUGUACUGCUAGAGAUAUUGAGCAGGAAGAAGAACAGGGGAUUUUGUCAUCCAGAUCACCAUCUUAACCUUCUUGGACAUGCAUGGACACUAUGGACUCAAAAUAAUCCUCUGGAACUGGUUGAUGUGACGUUAUGUGAUUCUUGCAACACAUCCGGAGUGUUGAGAUGUCUUCAUGUGGGCCUGUUAUGUGUGCAAGAAGCACCUGAAGAUAGACCAAGCAUGUCAUCUGUGGUUCUAAUGUUGGGAAGUGAAAUUAAGUUGCCUACGCCAAAAGAGCCUGGUUUUUACACUGGACGGACCGUUCCAGUUCCUGAAUCAACAUCAACGACAAGUGACUUGUGCUCAGUAAAUAGUUUCAGCACAAUGUUAUUAGAAUCUCGCUAGCAGGUUAUCACAGUUGUUGUGCUUGUUAAUUUCUCAGAAUGAUAUGAAAUCAUUCAUAUUUAAGCAAAAAAAGGCACACUGAUAUUAUUUCA